AUGUCUGUCCUUGAAGAGCUGGUCCUGUCAUGCAGUGGCACAGAAUCAAUAGAAAACAACACUUUCAAAGCUCUGAACUCCUUGAAGUCCCUGGAACUCUGCAAAAAUCAGCUAAAGCAAAUACCCACCUUUCUCCCAUCUGGCCUUGAAAUUUUAAAACUCGCUGAUAACUCCAUCAACACUCUGCAUGCGACUGAUUUUGCAGGUUUGAUGAAACUAAGGGUGCUCGAUAUUCGGAACAACUUGAUUGCAACUCUACCUCCAAGUGCAUUUUCUUCCCUUUGCAAUUUACAAAGUCUGAUCCUGGAUGGCAACAACAUGGAAUCCGUGUCUGCACCAUUUAAGCUUCCUAGGCUGAAGUAUCUAAGCAUGGCUGAUAACAAACUCAAUUCAUUCCCAACCAACUUCUUUGCAUCUUUUCAAAAUCUACAGUUUCUCAGUUUAAGUGGAAACUUUCUGACAAAAGUGCCUCUUGACCUACCUAGAUCCCUGCUGUCACUGAACUUAGAGAAAAACCGACUUAAAAUGGUGAGACUUCGAGACAUGAAACAUCUAGAAAACUUGUCUGAGUUCUUCCUGUCAGAAAAUCGGCUAACAUCAAUAGAUGGUGCCCAGCUUCUUCCUAACUUAACAACAUUGGAGCUCUCUAAGAACCAGCUCCACACUAUGCCAUUCAGGCUGCCUGGCAGACUGCAGAAACUCGACUGCAGCAACAACCUGAUUCAAAAGGUGACAGCCCAGGACUUCCAAGGACUACAAGACCUCAAGCACCUGUUUCUCGACAACAACGCUAUGAGCAUGUUUGAGGCGGGAGCUCUUCAACAGUGUGCACAGCUUUCAAAUCUGGCGCUGGAACAGAAUCUCCUCAUUUCUAUUCCGCUGAGGCAAGUGAAUCUGAGUGCAGCUGGUUCCAAGGUGUCAUCUCUCCUUCCUUGCAUUAUGAGAAUAAAAGCCAAAAAUUUGUAUUCAGCCCCAGUCAUGGUAGAAGUCUAUCCAUAGCAUAAACCAACUGCCAUAACUAGCACUAAUUAGCACUCCUGUUAGCAGUCUUAGAAUAGAAGUAGAGCUGUUUUCAUUACA